UGGUUUUUAUUUUAGAGAUCGUAUCGCGGGGUAAAUAAUUCAAGGGCACCAGUUGAGAUGUCCCUCAAAUAUUCGGUGCAAAAUCAGAACCCAGCCAGUUUAGCUUGGUUUAACCCGCGGAAAUGUUUCUCCAGUUCCUGCUUGUGCUGCUCUCCUUGGCCUACCAAAUCGGGGCCAGAGAGAGCUUCGUGCGUCCCUCUGACUUAGCUCAGUUUCUGGACAGGAUUGGUCGAGUCCAUCGUCUGCAUGCCAUUACUAUUGUGUACAGUUUGGGAUCAAUAAAUCCCAGCUAUCUGGAUAACCUCCAUCUCGAACUGAUGUGCAACAGCAGCAAUCACUUUUAUUUGCUGCCGCAAAUGACGGCCACCUUUGAGAACUCUUCGCGUGUACGCUUCAGUAGGAUUCAGGAUGAGGAAACACUGUACUUGGUGUUUGCCAGGGACUCCAGGGAUGAGGUGAUACAUUUGCAAGCGCAAAGAGCCAGAGGAAGACGCUAUUCCAAGACCAUGUUCCUGCUCAGAGAUCAGGAGUCCCAAGAAGACCUAGAAGAUUUUUUUAAGCUCUUAUGGCAGCUGCAGUUUCGUUCCGCUUUAGUAGUGGUGGCCGCACAAAAGUUCUACCAAAUGGAUCCAUAUCCUACUAUUAGGGUGAUACGCAUGCGGAGACUAUCCUCCUAUGAUCCGCAUCACCUAUUUCCGCUUCCUAAUCGAAACAAUUUUAGGGGCUAUAUGUUACGUAUGCCCGUUCAGCAGGAUGUGCCGAACACCUUUUGGUACCAGAAUCGCAGGACGAAAAACUGGGAAUUAGACGGCUUAGGUGGAAUCUUGAUCACCCAUUUGAUGAGGCAUUUGAAUGUGACCUUGGAUAUGUAUGCUUUCAAGGUGAACGAUUCCGUAUUGAUGAAUAUGACCGCUCUUGUGGAUCUGAUUAUAAGCGGUGAUGUGGAGCUGAGUCCGCAUUUGUAUGACACUUUACAUCCGAUCAACGAUGUGGACUACUCUUAUCCAGCGCAGAUGUCUCAGCGCUGCUUCAUGAUCCCUUUGGACAAUGAAAUUUCAAGGAGCCUGUAUGUGUUUCUUCCCUUUAGUUUUCCCCUUUGGCUGUGCUUGCUAUUCACAUUGCUUCUGGUGCAGUACGUCUUUGUUCGCCGCCUGAUGCCGAAUGGCAAUCUGUGGGCAAUAUUAGGAGUGCCAGGAGCUGGAGCAGCCAGAUGCUGUAACCGAAAACCGGUCGGAUGUAUGUCCACACUUCUGAUCCUCCUCGGGAUCUUUAUCAUAGUCCAAUCGUACAGUACCAAGCUCACAUCUUUUUUGACUGUAACUCUUACACGGAGACCUACGAGCAGCUUGGACGAAUUUUUCAACCUGCCAUAUCGUAUCCUAAUAUUGCCAUCGGAUGUGAACGUCAUAGUGGGUUCCUUGGGUCAUGCGCAGGAGUUUAGUACAAAGUUCAGCUUCACAAACCCCGAGAACUUUAACCAGAAGAGAAUUGGCAUGGAUCCGGAUUACAUUUACUCAAUCAGCCAAAUUCGGUGGCGUUUCUUCGAUUUGCAACAGCGUUUCCUGAGGAAGAAGCGCUUCUUUUUCUCUAGGAUUUGCCAAGGCACCUUUCCAUUUCAGUACCAGCUCCGUGUAGACUCUCAUUUUAAGGACCCCCUUCAUCGCUUCCUGCUGCAUGUCCAACAGGGUGGUCUUCAAGAUCUUUGGCUUGAGACGUGCUAUCGAAAGGCCCAUCUUAUGGGCUAUUUAAAGGACUUCUCUACAUUGGCGGAUCUGGAGGAGAAACUGCAGCUCCGACCGCUGGCCCUCAACCUGCUGGUGCCUGCCUUCAGUCUGUUUCUGUGCGGACUGGUGGGCAGCGGAAUCGCCUUCCUGGUGGAGAUCCGCCAGAGCUUCGGGUGCAGACAAAAGCCACCGCCCACUAACAGCAACCCCAGGGAUUAAUGCAUUCGAAGUAGCUCAUCCUAACCAGAAACCCUUGUCGAAAUAGAAACGAAUACUAAGUCUAAUCUAAUUUUACGUAUGAUUCACAUUAUUCCCCUCCACCCACAAACGCCACGAAUGAAACCCAAUCGGAUCUAACCAACGAAUCGAAAUUUGCAACCCAUCAUAAACGUAUUCCAUCGAAUUCCAUCCAUUGGUUGUUUAGUC